GGGCUGCAGGCGGCUGCAGACGACACCGGCGCUGCAUGAAGUCGAACGCACCUAAUGUCAACCGCCUCUUACUGAUACUGUACCGGUGCGAUGCUCAUGAGACUAAGCGAGCCACUUCCCCUUUGUAUUGUCUUUUAGAUACGCAGCAUGUUUACAAACAGCCCUCUGAUUACGAGAGUGGCCUUUGCACAGCCCAAUGAGUUCAAUGCUGACCUGCAUCAUGUGCUAGGACAGCUGAUGGUUCGUUCCCCAGACAGAGAAGUAGAACUGACAGAGAGCAUACUUUCAGUCAAAGCAUGUUUUUUUUCUUCUUUGCUGGCUAAGCAGGCUACCACAAUGCAGUUCAUUAUUCUCUUAUCUCUUAUUCUCUCUAUAUUCGAUAACUCAGGGCACAAGCCAGACAUUUCUAAAUAACAAACACGACAGAUUUGUUAGCAAAUUGUGUCCAUUCUACUAAGUCUAGUUCUAUGUUAGAUGACAGAUUGUUUUGGCCAAUGGCAAACUUUCCAUGCAGUAUCAGUUAGUUAAUGUGUAACUAGACAGGGAGGGGCGGUCAGACACCUGUACCUGUCUACUUUUGAACAGCAUAUUGACGCUAGAGCAAUACUGUUCUGUACUGUUAGUGAGUAUACUAGUGAGAUCAUACAAUAUGCUUUAGUAAAACAUUGGCUUAAACUGGAGUAUUUCUGUGCGUUGAGGUAGAGGGGGGAACUUUGCAGUCAUGGCGGACGCUAGCGCUCAACCGUCAGCCCCAGCGAAGCUUGAUCAAGUGCAGGGCCAAGUCAACGAGGUCAAAGUUAUUCUCAAAGACAACAUCAACAAAGUGCUGGAAAGGGGAGAGAAGUUAGAUGACUUAAUUGACAAAACAGACGACCUUCGAUCAUCUGCUGACACUUUCCAACGGACAUCCACAAGGGUUGCCCGGAAAUACUGGUGGAAGAAUACAAAGAUAAUGAUCAUCAUCGGAGUGGUAGUGGUGAUUGCCGUCAUCCUCAUCAUCCUAUUUGCCACUGGUGUAAUUAAGUAAACCUGGAUUCAGAAGUCCAAAACGGGUUCAACCUGUUAGGCAGCAUGGGGAUGUUUCAGUACGUCAUGUAAAUAAGCAAUAGUCAAAUUACCUUGUUCUUUUUAAAGAUGUGUGACAUGACAUGUUCAGUCUGUGGUCAUGUAAUGAUACAUUUCAUAAUUUAAAGCUGUGUGCAUUCUUUAAAUUUUAUGUUUUAUUUUGUAUAACUUUGUAAAACCAUCCCUUUGUACACCGCUAUGCUAAUCUGUCACUAUUCUAAUGCACUAGUGUUCAGUGGAAUACAUUUGCAGGACUCAAAAGGGUAGAGGAGUCGUUGAUCAAGACUCAAUUCAAGGAUCCAGAGACACAUUCCAAGACCUCUUCAGUGAAUUUUAUAGUUUUAUUGUUUUGAAUGCUUUGCAGGAUGUCUGGCAUGGUGUGUAUACUUUAUCCCAUAGCAUAUCAAAAUAUAACUAAUAAGAGAGGAAUAAUCUAUAUAUGCAUUUCUGUAUAACUUUCUUUCAAUUUGUUAUUUUUUAAAUAAUUAGUCAUUAAUACAAUUAUAAUAAUACCAAUAUAAAAUGUCUAUGAUAAUGACCAAACCGAUCUUGGGUUCACUUGAGCACUUGACAAAAAGGACACAAAGAACAUCUGAAUCAUUGAAUAAUGAAUCAAUCCUCAAAUACA